CUCGGCAUGAACUGUUGGCUCGCAGCCAUUGGACUCUACCCACCCCAUGCUUCGCGUCGAUUCCAGCCUGUGGCCAGUCAUCUGGAUGAGCUUAGCUUGUCCUCUUGGGUGCAUCCAUGGUGCAUCUAUAACACGAUGAUCAUCUAUAAAAGGGCUCCCUAGCACUUGCCAUUACUCCUACUGCUGUUAAGGUCAGACUGUUCAAGAUAUUCUCUCCUGUCGUCAACCUUGCAACCAUGGCUUGGAAAUACCUGCUGUACUUGCUCUUCUUAACCCUCACGGUUGCUUUAGCGGCAUCUCUGCCCCAUACCGACUACGAGGUCAUAGUCAUCGGUGGGGGCCCGGCCGGGCUCAGCUCCUUGAGUAGUCUCUCGCGAGUCCGGCGUAGGGCAGUACUUUUUGAUUCCGGGGAAUACCGCAAUGCUCCGACUCGGAAUAUGCACGAUGUCCUCGGAAAUGAUGGUACCGUCCCCAGCAACUUCCGUGCGAUUGCCCAUGAGCAAAUUUUAAAAUAUAGUACGGCUACUGUCCUGAAUAAGACAAUUACUACCGUCACGCCUAUUGCUGACGACGCUACUAAUACUACCUAUCUUAAUGUUACCGACUCUAACGGCACUGUAUACUCCGCCCACAAACUGAUUCUUGGCACCGGUCUUAUUGACGAACUCCCUGAUACUCCGGGUUUUCAAGAAGCAUGGGGCCGGAAAUUCCAUACCAUCAACACAGAUGUUAUCGCGUUCCUAAACGGCACGCAUACGCCUGCCGCCGAAGCUGAGCUGGCUGCUAAGCACCCUCACUGGAAAAAGCAGCUAGAGACUUAUAAUAUACACCUCGAGAAUGCUACUAUCUCCUCGAUCGAGCGCCUUCAGAACGGCGAUAACCACCGCGAUAACGAGCGCCGCCAGUUCGAUAUCUUCCGCGUCCACUUUACUAAUGGUUCCUCGGUAAUCCGCAAUACUUUUAAGACGAAUUACCCGAUCAAACAGCGCUCUUCGAUCCCGUCCGCCCUCAGCCCCGCUAUGAAGGACGGCAAGAUCGAUACGAGCGACAACUCGGAUAUGCGCACUAGCUAUCCGGGCGUGUAUGCCGUCGGCGACUGCAAUAGCGAUAGCAGCAACAAUAUCCCGCAUGCUAUGUUCACUGGCAGGCGCGCGGUGGUUGCCCUUCACGUCAAAUUGGCCGAGGAGGAAUCUGCCGCCGCUAUCCAUAAGCGAUCGCUGCCUUCCAAGCGUGCCAUGAUAAAGGCCGCCGAGCGCAGCAUCGGCAACGAGUUAGAGGCGCUGUGGGAACGCACUCGAGCUCUGUAGUGGAUUGGAUUGGUGCAAUACAGGGAUUGAGAGCGGGCCUACUUAUGAAAGUACAUUUCACGCUCAACGCUGAUUGCAUGUGGCGUUUGCGGGAUGGGAAUGUCCGGGUGUCUGAGGUAGUCCGCCAC